CAGCAGGUAGAUGUAGUCCAUUAUUUGAUCGUCCGGACAUGAGUGAUCUGAGGAUUGUGCUGAUGGGAAAGAAUGGAUCAGAAAACAGACGAGUGGCAAACACUAUACUGGGAAGAGCAGUGUUUGACAGUGAAGCUCCAUAUUAUUUACAGCAAUCCAGUGACAGAAUCAGUGGAGAGGUGGAGGAGAGAAAGAUCACAGUCUUCAAUCCUCACCUGCUCCAGCCAAAUUUCCCACAGGGAGAGAUAAUAGAUGGAGUGAGAGAUUGUGUGUCUCUGUCUGCUCCAGGACCUCAUGUGUUUGUACUCGUACUGCAGUAUAACAACUUCACUGAGAACGACAGACACCAAGUGAAAUAUGUGCUGAACCUCUUCAGCUACCAGGCCAUGAAACACACUAUAGUGCUGACUACUGAUGAUGUGCAACACAGAUCACAAUUCACUUCGAGGAAUAACUCUGUUCAUGAUAUAAUAAAGGAGUGUGGAGGAGGAUAUCUGAGGUUUUCUACAGGAGAUGUGAAGAGAUCCAAAUUGGACAAUGGCUACAAAUGAUUUUUGGAACAAUUUACAUUUGAUUAUCAAGGUAACGUUAUGUAUAAUGAGCCAGUUGCCAUGAUAUUGAUUUUCGAAUUCAUUUACUUUUAUUGAUUAUUUUGAAAGUGGUUUAAUAAAAUCUAGCUUGUUAACUAUGUGUGUGUGUUU